AUGGCUGCUGACAGUGAGGCCUCGGAAUUGAAGAAAUCAAAGAAAAAGGUUGAGAAAACGAUGCAAAACGGGAUCGAAGAUGACGAAGAAGAAGAGCCUAACUUCAGCGAUCCAGAAGGAUACGUUGAUGAUGUUUCUGAGGAAGAACUCGUUGCUGAUGUCUUGAAAGAAAGACCUACAGAAUAUGAUGGUUUUGAUUCUGUUAUUGUGGUGGACAAUGUCCCCAAGGUUGGUCCUGAACGGUUGGAGAAGUUGCAGAAUGUUGUCAGAAAGAUUUUCCAGAACUUUGGGAAAAUACGUACUGAGCAUUACCCAAUGAAUGAUGGCAAAACUAGUGGAUAUGUAUUCCUUGAAUAUGCCUCAUCUGAAAAUGCUCUUGAAGCUGUGAAGACGGCCAAUAACUACAAACUUGACAAGCAGCACACUUUUAUUGUUAAUCAAUUCUCAGAUUUUCAAAAAUAUGAAAAUAUUCCUGAUGAAUGGGAACCUCCACAGCCAAAGCCAUACAAGGACAUGGGUAAUUUGCGCUCUUGGUUACUGAAUAACGAAAGCUUUGAUCAGUUUAGCGUCAUCUACGAUGGCGGAGAAAAGACAGCCAUCUUCUUGAAUUCUCAUACCCAGCCGACACUUAUUGAGGAACGAAGUCGCUGGACAGAAACAUAUGUCCGUUGGUCACCACAGGGAACUUACCUUGCCACUUUCCAUCAAAAAGGAAUUGCUCUCUGGGGCGGGAGCAAGUUCGAGCAGAUAAUGAAGUUCAGUCAUCCUGGUGUACAACUUAUUGAUUUUUCACCUUGUGAAAGAUAUUUAGUGUCUUUCAGUCCUCUCUUGGAUAACAAAGAGGAUCCUCAAGCUAUUAUUAUCUGGGACAUCAGGACUGGUCAAAAGAAACGUGGUUUUCAUUGUGAGAGCCAAUCAACUUGGCCCAUUUUUAAGUGGAAUAAAACAGGUGAAUAUUUUGCAAGACUUGGAAUGGAUGCCCUCAGUGUUUAUGAAACACCUUCUUUUGGUUUGCUUGAUAAAAAGAGUUUGAAGUUGCCUGGAAUCAAAGACUUUACCUGGUCUCCAACAGAUAACAUCAUUGCCUACUGGAUGCCUGAACAGCAGAACGUGCCUGCCAGAGUGGUCCUUAUUAUUUUUUUAUAUAUUUUCUCUCUCUCUCUCUCUCUCUCUCUCUGUCUGUCUGUCUCUCUCUCUCUCUCUCUCUCUCUCUCUCUCUCUCUCUCUCUCUCUCUCUCUCUCUCUCUCUCUCUGUCUCUCUCUCUCUGUCUCUCUCUCUCUCUCUCUCUCUCUCUCUCUCUCUCUCUCUCUGUCUCUCUCUCUCUCUCUCUGUCUCAGUUAUGCCACUCACUAAUUGGGUCAGUUGAAUUCUUGAUCCCAGUAGACAGGGGGAUUUAUUACAACUUUGAGAUUUUCCGUAUUCGAGAAAAACAAAUACCUGUGGACAAAUUUGAAGUGAAAGAAAAUAUUAUUGCCUUUGCCUGGGAACCAAGUGGAAGUAAAUUUGCUUACAUUCAUGGUGAGAAUCCACGCAUCUCCGUUACUUUUUGUAAUAUACGACAAGGUGGAAAAGUUGAAACUCUGAAAACAUUCGAUAAACGUCAAGCAAAUCACCUGUUUUGGAGCCCAUCUGGACAGUUCAUAGUUCUUGCAGGCCUUAGGAGCAUGAAUGGCAUCUUAGAGUUUAUUGACACUAAUGAUAUGACUGUUAUGGCUCAGACGGAACACUUUAUGGCUACAGAUGUAGAAUGGGACCCAACAGGGCGUUAUGUGGUAUCUGGUCUCAGUUGGUGGGGACACAAGGUUGACAAUGCUUAUUGGCUGUGGUCAUUCCAAGGUAGGCUCCUCCAGAAGCAAUCCCUAGACAGGUUUUGUCAACUGCUUUGGCGGCCACGACCUGCCAGCUUGCUCACCAAAGAGCAAAUUAGAGAAAUCAAGAAAAAUAUGAAGAAAUAUGCAGUGCAGUUUGAAAUUAAAGACAAAAUGAGUCAGACAAAGGCAUCAAAGGAAUUAAUUGACAAGCGCCAGAAAAUGUUGGAAGAGUUCAGGAAAUACCGUGCCGACAAGGAGCAUGAAUACAAUCUCUAUCGGGAGAGGCGAAUUGCUCUCAGAGAUGGUCAUGAUACUGAUUCUCAAGAUAAUGAUCCCAACAACUAUAUUGAUGAAACAAUUGAAUUCCUGCAGCUCUCGCUUUUUUAUUCUUUAUUCGACGUCAAUUUGUCUGCAAAUCUAACAUAUAUUUUACUUUCUAUCCCUUUUACACACAUUUCUGAAGACAAUCUAUCUCUCGAUCUAUCUAUCUCUCUAUCUAUCGAUCUAUCUCUGUGUCAAUCUAUCUAG